UGCAGAUGAAGGGCAUCUGAUGUACAGUGCUGAGGGGGAGGCAUAAGAGAGUGAGAGGUACUUCGACUGACUGCCUCUCGGUGACUCUCUGUGACUCUCUGUGACUCGUAAUUUAUCACAACUCAGAAAUGAAGAAAGGCCUGUUUCUCUUCUGCUUUUUGGUCUCAGCACUGGCCGCAUAUGUACAAAGUAAGCCACAUGGAAAAAAUCAGCAUGUCAAACACAAGCUGACUCCAAAAGAGCAGUCAGAGUCAGUGAAGCAUCAUGACAGUAAGGAUGGAGUUCUGCCCACAUUUCUUCCUUUUGAGUCCAGCACUCAGGACUCAGAGGAUGAAGACAUGAGUGAGGAGAAUGAGAGCCGUGUGGAGAUGAAGCAAGCAGGGGCAGAAGAGCUUGAAGGUUCAGAGGAAGGUGAGAAGAAUACACCAUUGCUCCUGAGUGACGAGGCACUGACUCAGCUCCUGCAGGUCCCUGAGGAGGUAGAUGAACCUGUGGAGGAGGAUGUAGAUGAUGAUGAUGAUGACAGUCCAGAAAAAGACAAAGAAACGAAGGAGAUGCAGGAGGAGGGAAAGAAAGAUGGAGAAUCUACAAUGAAGAACGAAGAUGCAACUGAAAAAAGAGAAGGUGAGAACAAGGUAGAGGAUGCAAAUGAGACUGACAGUAGUACUGAAUCAGAGAUACCAAUGGAUUUGGACUAUGCAGCUGAUCGUGAUGCUUCACAGUCACUAACCAUCAAGCUGGAGGAGGCCAAAGUUUCAACCGUCAACACUAUGGGAAAAGAGAUGGAGGAAACUGCUGAAGAUGUGAUUCCCACAGUCACAGUGGACUAUGAUUCCCAGCAAUCCAACACUGACUCUGAGGACAUUGUAGAGGAACAGGACGUGCCAGCAGAACAAACCCAAGAUGAGCUUAAAGAACCUUUUCAAGUCUCUGAGAAUGACAAUGAAAAAGAGAAGAGUGAUCAACAGGAUGAAAAGAACAGCACUGAAUCUGAGGCUACAAUUCCUUCUAGUGGCAAAAAGGCAAAAAAGGACAAGAAAAAACAGAAGAAUGAAAGUAAAAGCCAUGGAAAGGGCAAAGCCAAGAAGCAGCGAAACAACCAGAAGCCGGAGAAGAUGCAGAGUGACCAAGCCAGUACAAUGGAAGCAACUGAAGAACAUACUCAUAGGAAAGACCAGGAAAAACUGGAGGAGCCCACUGAAAAUACAGAGCCUAAACCCAGAAAGAAGAAUGGAAAAUGGACUCGCUUAGUGGGGAUGAAUCCCAUACAAAUUAGGGCCACUAUGGAGCUUUACCCUGACAUUCGACCCACCCAUCGGCCCAGUGGACAAGGGUUGCCAGCUGACCCCUGCGAGAGCUUUCGCUGUAAAAGAGGGAAGACAUGCAAAAUGAACGAUGAGUACAAGCCCGUCUGUGUGUGUCAGGAGCCGUCAGAAUGUCCUCCCAGUGUAAAUGAUUUAGACCAUGUAUGCGGAACUGACAAUAAGACAUAUGACACAUUCUGUCAGCUCUUUGCCACCAAGUGUGGCCUUGAGGGGACCAAAAUAGGCCACAGACUUCACCUGGAUUACACUGGAUCCUGCAAAUUUAUUCCUCCAUGUCCAGAGUCGGAGCUGGUGCAGUUCCCUCUGCGUAUGCGGGAUUGGCUGAAGAACGUGCUUCUGCAGUUAUAUGAGCAUGAAUCCAUGUCUCCUGGCUUUCUCACAGCUAAACAAAGAAUCAGGGUUCAGAAGAUCUAUGAUAGUGAGAGACGGCUUCAUGCAGGCGAUCACCCUGUUGAACUUCUACAGCAGGACUUUGAGAAGAACUACAACAUGUACAUCUAUCCAGUUCACUGGCAGUUUGCACAGAUGGACCAACAUCCUUCAGACAGGUUUCUUUCUCAUUCUGAGCUGGCUCCACUGCGCGUUCCCCUAGUUCCAAUGGAGCAUUGCACCUCAGUCUUUUUCCAAAGAUGUGAUGCUGACAAGGACAAACUGGUCUCCUUCAAGGAGUGGUGCAGCUGCUUUGGCAUUAAGGAAGAGGACAUGGAUACCAAUCUGCUGUUCUGAGCAAGAGCGAAUGUCUAAACAAGCAUCUCAAAAAUAAGUUUUUUUGUUUUGUUUUACUAAAUAAGGCAGAUAAUAAUAUUGGAGGUCUGUUCAGUGAAAUUGUACUGUUUUUGUGUAAUGAUCAUGAUGGACAAGAAUGUCUAAAACCCUUUUUAUUUUGGUGCAUUAUGUGUGUAGCAUAUUGGAUGCUAAAAAUGAAAAGAACUGUAGAUAAAAAUUUAGUUCAAAAAUGAACAAAAAUAUGUACUUUUAGUUUGAGACUUUUUGUAUGCAUUCCA